AUGAAUCAGAGGGCGUUCGCGGAAAAAGCGCAAAUGCAAUGCUGCUCCUUCAACAGCUCCAAGUCUUCGCAGAACGUCGAACUCGCCUCCAGUAUUCUGAUACCCGUCGACCAAUCUACAACGAAUACAGCAUUCACUUACACCGCGGUCGCAAACGGACCUGUCGAUCAGCACGAGGGACCGCAGACUGCGGCGUCACUACGAUGGACUCAACCCCGACCAGAGGCGUCAUUCAACUGGGGUGCAUCUCUUUCCACUCCAGCGGGUACCUCGAGUUACGAACUGGACCAUCCCUUCAACAAUGUGUCCACUGAAUCACAGAUUCCAAGCCAGAGCUUCAGUAUACCACCGAGGAGUGUACGGCAGCGAUUGACCAAUUGUUUCCUUGAAUAUUGCAAUCCAUGGUUGCCAAUCGUGGAGCACGACGAUCUUGCGAAUCUUGCGAAAAUCGAACAGCAGCCGGUUCCCAUGCUUCUCGCACAAGCACUCUGGUUCGCGGCGAGUUGUAUCGACCAAUCUUCUACGGCACCAAGACAAUUUUACCAGCAAGCCAAAGCCCUCUUUUGGUCUGGCAGCGAGAGCGAUCCCUUUGUCGCAGUCAAGGCUGCGUUGAUGCUGAUGUCGUACGAUUGUCGAGGAUCCAGACACAAUAACUUUGACAACAGCGAAUUUUGGCUCCACGUGGCUGUCGCCAGUGCAUACAGAGCCAAGCUACACCGAGAUCCUCCGCAAGAUUCGAAACGUGGCAUACGUCGCCGGUUGUGGUGGACCAUCGUUGCCCAAGAUUCCUUGAUGGCUCUGUCGUACGCUAGACCUCGAGCCGUCAAUCGCAUGGACUCCGACGUCCAAGCGUUAUCCGACCUCGACUUCGUUGAUACAUCGGCUGACCCCACCGCCUUCAGCUUGUAUGUGGACAUAAGCAAGAUUUUAGGGGAUCUUAUGGAGUGUUACCGGCGCGGAUUUAUGCGGUACACGCAUAAAUCAAGUAUCGAGGACAGCCUUCAUCUCUGGCGCUUUCGCCUGUGCCAUUAUGAAAUUGUUGAUCCUGAUGCUUCUCAGACAACAGAUCAUAGUCUGACUGUUCGUCAAUUGAAGCUGCCUUAUCUGACCGCGCUGGUGCUAUUCUCUAGGAGCCAGCACACUUUUACCACUCUCAACCAUUCCUCCAAGUCAAGCUCACGCAUUUCGGGGGUUGAUUCGAUCGCUGCUUCAUUGAGUGCCGAGAUCUUCGAGAACAUUCUGCAACAUGACGAGAUCCAACAUCUGGGACCUGUAUUCACCAUCUACGCAUACUCCGCAUGCAUGGCGCUCCUGCGACUCUGGGUCUACCCGGCGCUGUGGGAAGCCAUUCAACCAGAUCUGCAGACCUUACGAGGCGUCUUAUCGAGACUUGCAAGACAUGAUCAUGGUUUGGCUGACGCUGUCAAAGCUUUGGACAACUCACUUGAACGCAUCAAAGCAACGCCGCAGUUUCCCCCUGAGCAGCUGCCGAGUGUAUCCGAUCAGGCACACACUCACAAAUUCCUUGAGACUAUGUCACCAUCGGAUUGCCGGUUAUGGAGCCGCCUUUCAGGGCUCCUUGACGACUGGGGAUCUGUUGGAGCGGAGUCGACCCGCAAUUCACUGGCAAGCAGAGAAACGAUGGCUGAGGUUCGGACCGUCUCUCAACCAGAGCGCACUGGUAGGCUCAUAGAUGGCUUGGCUCCGACUUAUGAGUUUGGCUAUCGUGAGCUUGAAGACUGGAUCCUUCACAAUGGCUGAGUAUAAUGAAACGG